AUGUCAUCAUCUGCGGUACGCCGGGUAAAAGAAAGCGGCGGCGGUGGCGGCGGAGCUAAGGUCACCACCGUCCCGCCAACAAAAACAACCAGAAGCACAACGCCGGUAUCAGAAAGAUUCAUCUGUCGGGGUGGUGAUUCCGUCAAUAUGUCUACCGGAAAAGAAAACGCUAAUAGUAGCAGACCCAGUUCCAGGAUUCGGGCGGCGGCGAAGACCCAGAAGCCGAUUGUUCCUCCGAUGGUGCGUGUCGAUAAGGAAAUCGGGGAACCGCGUGCCAAGUGGUCGACGAAUUGCUCCGCUCAGCCGAGAGGUAGAAGCUCAAGUCCUUCUGAGUUUAAUAGGUUUACAUCUGAUGCACGUAAGACUAGGGUUUCUAGGGUUUCAAUUGAUCGUAACGAGAGAAGUGUUAGCGCUGGUAGGUCUACUAGGGUUUCUGAUAGGGUUGGUCAGCAGAAUAAAGGCAAUGAAAUUCGUAAAGAAUCAAAGCCAAAACCGGUAAACACUCAAAACCCUAGGGUUUCUACGGUUUCACCGAAAAGUGGUAGAGAAAGAGAUGUCGUAUCACGUCCGGAAACUUCGAACACCCAAUGUAGUUCAGAUUCUCUUGUGAAAGUUUCAGAAAGUGUUAAAUUAUUCGAGAGAUUCAAAUCGAAGUCUUGUGUAGGUUUGAGGUCUAGCAAUGGAAGUGAAAAUGAGGAAAUUGGUGUUCGUUCGAGUUUCAGAGACUCUGGUGGGAAGUUUUCGAGUAGAGGGAGUAGUUUGGAUGGUUCAAAAGAAAAGGGGGCAAGUGAAGAUAGUAUAAGUGGGCGGUCGACUGCUAAAUACCCAAGUAAACUCCAUGGAAAGCUUGCAUUUUUAGAAGAAAAGGUCAAGAGGAUAGCGUCGGAUAUCAAGAGAACGAAAGAGAUGUUGGAUUUAAACAAUCCUGAUGCAUCAAAGGUGAUGCUUUCCGACAUUCAAGAAACCGUUGCAGGAAUAGAGAAGGCAAUGGGUGAUGUUGUGAAUGGCGAGAAAGAUAAGAAGGGUUUAGUUAAGGCAAAUGAAACCAAUAAUCUGCAGGUUAAUUCGGCAAAGAUUAGUCCAACCAAAGAGUCACGUGAUACGAAAAGUUUAGACAAGGGACUGAAUACCGAUGAACUAGAAGCAAGAUUCUUUCCUCACCAUAAGCUACUUAGAGAUCGAACAACACUAAAAGCACCUUCAGUAAGCCAUGAAACCCUGAAAACAGAGGUUUCUAUGGCUAUUUCUGAAACAAAACCAGAGGUUGUUAAAUCAUCAACUAUGGUUGAUGAGAACCCUGCUCAACUUUUGAUCUCAGAUUCUAAAGUUACAACUAGGGGUGGUCUAGAGUUAUGUGAAGUUCUAGAAACUGAUAGCACAGUUGAUUCAAAGGCGAACGAUUCUUCAAAGAUUUAUGCUGGAAAAGGUAAUGUGGAAACUAUGCUCAUAGCUGAUGAAACACUUGAAGAUUGUGAUGAACAAGAAAAUAAUGCAGUGAUGAUAUUUGAAGAGGAAAUUGAUGAUAGCUGCAAUAAUCAGUUGAAUGAGAUCGGGCACAAGACUUGUACAGGUGGAUGGUUUGUGUCGGAGGGCGAGUCAGUUCUGCUUGCUCACGAUGAUGGUUCGUGCACCUUCUAUGAUGUUGCUAACUCGGAGGAGAAAUCAAUGUACAAGGCUCCAGCCGAAGUUUCGCCUAAUAUAUGGAGAGAUUGUUGGAUCCUUCGUGCACCCGGUGCAGAUGGUUGUUCUGGAAGAUAUGUCGUGGCUGCAUCUGCUGGAAAUGGCAUGGAUUCGGGCUUUUGUUCAUGGGACUUUUACACCAAAGAAGUACGGGCAUUUCACAUCGAGGAUGGAGUUACUAAUACACGAACAGCACUCGCUCCUUUACCCAACAACGUUUUGAAUAGAAGACACGAUUUGUCUAAUCUUACCCCAGAAAACCGACAGUGGUGGUAUAAACCGUGUGGUCCGCUCAUCAUUUCGACAGCCACUAAUCAGAAAGCUGUUCAGAUUUACGACAUUCGUGAUGGAGAGCAUAUCAUGAAGUGGGAGCUGCAGAAUCCGGUGCUAGCAAUGGAGAACUCAAGCCCGUUGCAAUGGAGAAACAGGGGAAAGGUGGUGGUGGCAGCAGCAGAAGGUGUUUCUUUGUGGGACGUUGGCUCUCUCAGCCCUUUGCCGAUACUUACUGCUGCUUCUGGUAAAAAAAUUUCAGCCCUUCAUGUAAAUAACACCGAUGCUGAGCUCGGUGGAGGCAUUCGCCAAAGAGUGAGUUCAUCAGAAGCCGAAGGGAACGACGGUGUUUUCUGCACCCCAGAUUCCAUCAACGUACUAGAUUUUCGCCAUCCAUCUGGGAUCGGUCUCAAGAUUCCAAAAUAUGGCACCAAUGUACACUCGGUUUUCUCUCGUGGAGACUCCAUCUAUCUUGGCUGCAGUGGCUCACCGUCUGCUGCUAGAAAACCGACAUCUGCUGCCCAAAUCCAACACUUUUCUUUGCGGAAACAGAAGCUUUUGAGCACCUAUGCGCUGCCUGAAUCCAACGCUCACCCACAUUACAAAGCCGUAACACAAGUUUGGGGGAAUUCGAAUCUAGCCAUGGGUGUUUGUGGGCUUGGGUUGUUUGUAUUUGAUGCUUUGAAGGAUGAUGGGUUGCGUCUGUUAGGAAGUGAUCAUGGGAAGGUUCGAGAGACCAUUGGACCGGAUAACUUAUACUGUCCCUCGUUCGACUAUCUGGGAUCGCGUGCGCUGCUUAUAUCGAGAGAUCGGCCUGCAAUUUGGAAGUAUAUGUCGUAGGUACUACUUUUACUCAUGCUUUUUGUGGUUUGUGUAAUAUAUUUGUCACCAAGUGUGUGUUUUUUGCUGGUUUGUGUAUUGUUUUUAGAUUUCUAUAUGUAAUGUGCAAAACCAUGAAAUUAU